AUGUCAUCCCAACCACCACGUAUCGGUGGUGGUCUUUUUUCGAAGCCUCGGCCGGAUCCACGGAAGGCUGGUGAGAGUAGCAGAUCUCAGGGAGAUACCAAAGAAGCAUCAAACUCGGCCGCCUCUAUAUCGCUGCCCAAGACUGCUUCUCCACAGGCAAUGGAAACGGCCGAUUCGCUGUUCUCACCCCCUGGCUCAAGCUCCGUCCCCGGCAUUUUUGGGUCCAGCCACGGUAGUGAUGGUACAGCGGAAGGAAGUGUCGAGACGAAUCCGCCCCCGCCACCACCUCCUCCUCCACCACCGGUGGGAGAAGUCUCGCAUGCGGCCCGUAGUGAUGAGAAGUCCUCCCAGGCCUCUGAGACUGUCGAGAUCAGCUCCACGGAAAAGCGUGAAGCAUCGGCAGCAGCUGAUUCGGUAUUGAAGGCGCUGCGGUCGGUUAUUGAUAGCGGAGAUGAGUCCACUCGGGAGCAGCAGGCGACUGAAGCCACCAACGUGGCCACGCCCAGCGGCGAAGUGAAAGUACAGUCCAGUGGUACUCCAUCCCGAUAUGUGUCCUCUCAUAAAACGCCCAAGGCGAUCAACGCUAGUUCUAAUCCUUUUGGGGUAGUCUCCCAGACGGGGAAGGUGCCCUCUCCACGGGCCACGGCGUCGAGAUACGUGAAUCCCUUCCCGCCCGAGAUCCGUGUCACCAGCGAGAAGGAGGUUGGCAGCAAAGAGUUACAAGUUGAGACUGGUGGUCACAUGAAGCACCCAUCCCAGCGGCACAUACCUGAAGAAGUGCAGGCCUCAUCUGACCCUUUCGGGACCAUACCCCGACCGAGGACGGAAUCAGGGUCCCUGAUGAGCCCGGGCUUAACCUCCCCUAGGUAUGUGAACCCGUUCCCCGAAGCCAUGCACAAGCCAUUGGGGUCCCCUCAGUCGGGUAUAGUCAUGCCCACUACCUCUGCCCCUGGAGAGGGUGAAUAUCAACCGAGGCAAGCUCUAGAUGCCAAGGCACUCUUUUCGGAGGAUGAUUGGACCUCCUUCAUACCGGCCGGGGGUGACCGGAAGGAGGCGGAGGAGCGUCCCGCAGUGCCUUGGGACGAUAAUGAUGGAGUGGAGGAGGUCGAGGUCUUGAGAGAACUGAAGUCGGGAGAUCAUAGUGGCCACAGCUCGGUGGAGCAGGCGCCCUCAGCUGAUCUGGUCGAGGCUCCAGUGGGGUCCAAAGCAAAGGAGCCUUCGAAACCGGCAGUGGGGACCGAAGUAGAGGAGGAGCCCUCGGUACCGGCAGCGGGGACUAAGGCAGAGGAGCCCUCGGUACCGGCAGCGGGGACCAAGGCAGAGGAGCCCUCGGUACCGGCAGCGGGGACCAAGGCAGAGGAGCCCUCGGUACCGGCGGGGGCCAAGGCAGAGGAGCCAUCGGCACCGGCAGCGGGGACCAAGGCAGAGGAGCCCUCGGUACCGGCAGUGGGGACCAAGGUUGUAGAGGAGCCCUCGAGGCCGGCUUUAGAGAAGGAGUUCGUGGUACCGGCAGCGGGGAGUGGAGUUGAGGAGGAGCCCUUAGUAUCGGCAGCCAAAGUAGAAGCCCAGUCAUCAGUGAUGGAAUCCGAGGUGGUAGAGGAGCAGGAGCAGCCAUCAAUACUGGUAGCGGGGGAAUCGAAAGCAGAGAGGCAGCAGCCAUCGGCAGUCGUGGCGAAUGUAGUAGGAGAGCUACACUCAUCACCAGCGGCAGCCGGCAGAGUACCGGAGGGCCCGUCAGUGCCCUCUAGAGGAGACUACCAGAAGCCGUCGCCGGACCCGGCUCUUCCGAGCAGCGUGCCUACAGCGGCAUCACUCUUCGAAGACUCCACCUCCCCCAUCGACUUCGUGGCCAGUAAUCGGCCCUCGGCGGUCAGCUUCAGCUCCCUUGUCCAUAGUAGGGAAGAGCCGUCCGGGGCAUCCGCCAGUCCGAAGGAGGAGAGCGAGGUUGUGACUGCACCGUCGGCAGUUGAAGAUACGCAGCCCUCGACAGUGCAGAGGUCUCAGCCCUCCGCCCCCUCUGUGCCUGGGGUGGUCUUUGGCUUCGGUGGUAGCGUUUUCGAGGUGUCGGGGGAAAGGGUAGAGAGUAAGCCCCUCCCAGCUGAGGUUGUUGAGGAAAUCCGUUCGUAUCCGGGCCCUUUCACGAGGUCUACCCCGAAGGCUGUGGUGCAGCAGUACUGUGAGGAGAUGCUCCACGGUAGUAGUGGAGACGAGGAGAUCCUAUGGAAGCUGCUGGCGGCCCUCGCGAGGGAGGACACCAGCUCUGCUAACUGGCAGGAGAAAGUCCAAAGUUCCCUGCUUGGGGCAUACUACGAUGGGGCAGAUUCUCUGGUGAGGCUGUGCUGGGCAGCGACUGAUGAAGGGAAGUUGGACGACUUCGUGAGGAGCGAGACUGAGGAUAUUGACUGGGCCUCUGUAUUGGCUUUGGCCUCGAUGCAAGGGUCGGACAAAUUUCGCCAUUUUAUGUCAGUUUUCGGUGAGAGGGGUAUUGCGACUGCUCACAGCGACGCCAGAGGGAGCCCAGCACGGCCGAUAUUGCAGCUGUUGCUACAGUCUUUCACAGGGCAGGGCCCUCUGAACGACGAGGUGGUAGCGGAAAGCCUCGACUUAUGGCCACUAGCAGCGGUCCUCUGCCUCCGGAUGGCCGCCACUGACCGAGCCGUUGUGGCCCUUCGUAGACUGGCAGAUGCCCUUAUGCACGCAGGGAGGGUGCCAGCGGCCGAUGUGUGCUAUACUCUGGGCAAAUUAGCUAGCGGAGCGAAGCAGAUGUUUGACCCUGUUGAUGACCCUAAUGCCCUUAUGAGUAUGUUGUUGGUGGACCCUAGGGAUAUCUCGAAGCUUAGCCGCAUCCUGCAGCCUCGAGCGCUGCAUGCUUCAGAGGUGUUGGAGUACGUCGGCCCAGCUGUAGUGGAGCCCUCGUUGAUCCCCUUCAAGUUCGUCUAUGCCCAGCGGCUUGCGGAGUGCGGCCUCCUGGACCAAGCAUCGGCCUAUUGUCGAGAGGUCUACCAGUACAUGGGCGACCAGCCUAGUGGGAGGUACUCCCAGCAGUUGAGAAGUCUCGUUGGGGACUUUGGAAGGAGGCUGACCAUGCACAGAAGAUACGUCACGGAGGCGGAGCUGUGCACGUCGGACUACAAGUUGGACGAGUCUGAUAGUCGUGGGAUUUGGGGUGGCCUCAAGUCCCUGGCCGGAGCCUCUAUGCAGACCACACCAGAAAGCACUUGGGCUAAGCCUCAAACAGCCCCUCUCAAGCAGCCGGCUGUACCUCCUCGUCAUGAUCAUCAGCGGUCAGCUGGUACGGUCCCUCCCCCACUACAGGUGCCAACCACGGCCCAGCCUCCCAUCACGCAGCCGAGUCCUGCCCCCGAGGUGGCUAUUACCCAGGAUGCUGAGGCUAACCCUUUCGCCCAGCCCACAGUGUCGCCUCCUCGACACCAACAACAGCAGCAGCAACCGCAUCGAGGCCAGUGGUCUGAAGCUCCUCGUACAGUAUCUUCUGCUCCUACAGGUGUGCCUCGUCCGACUCACGCUCGAGAGGGGUCCUUGCCUGGAUCGGGGAGCCUGAUGUCCCCCGUUGCUACUCACGCUACUCCUACUGGCUUCAAUAACGGUCCGACGGUGGGGGCAGUCCCAUCGAACCCCGCGACCAAGACGAUGGCGACUGGCCCCUCCUAUCCUCCUCAUCAUCGGCAAGGAUCUGUAGUCUCUCCCCUCUCGGGCCGGGCACAGCGGCUGCCCAGUGGUGCCUUCUCUAAUGCGGGUUUGGUGAGCCCACCAGCACCUAUGGAUGGCCAACAGCCGGGCUUCUUCAAUACUCAACAGCAGCAGCAGCAGCAGCAGUACGGCUACGGUGACUCUAUGCCGCCUCCAGGGGGAAGGCCUCCGCUAAUUCCACCGAACCAGCAAUGGGGCUCGAGGCCGCGGGUUCAAACCCCGGAUAGGACAUCUAAUGGUCGUGGCGACCACUCUGAUGCAUUGGAGUCGGCGGGGAAGUAUCUUGGCGGCUUGUUGGGUGGGUUAAAGUCAGCAGUGGCGGGGAUAUCCGAGUCGCUAGCGGGCCCUACCCAACCCGAAGGAGACCCCUACGCCUUAGGAGAAGAGAACACCUUCUAUUAUGAUGAAGUUCGGAAAGAAUGGCGACAACGAGGUCAACCCGAAGGUCAACUUUCUCCUACUGGAACGGCUGCUCCUCCUCCCCCGGCAGCCCCUCUGGCGCCCCCUCCUACGGGGUAUGCGCCGACCCAGCGGAAGCAGUAUACUCGUGGGAACUAUGUUGAUAUCAUGCGCUUUGGUUGAGUCCUAUUGCUGUAGGC